AAUGCAAGAAACUAAUCCACAAUACUAAACCUACCCUUUUAACAUUUACAUCAACGAUCUCGCAACACCUUUAUAUUAGCUUACACGAUGAGCAAUCUUACAUUUUUCUUUGUCUUUUGCCUCCUAGCCUCUCUUUCUCAUGCCAUAGAACUCGACUUUUGUGUUGGGGAUGUUAGUCUCCCUAGAGGCCCUGAAGGGUAUGCUUGCAAAGAUCCUGCUAGUGUUACAACUGAUGAUUUCGUUUAUACUGGCUUCCGUGGUGAAAGAACCAUCACAAAUGUCUUCGGAAACAAUGUGACUCUAGCAUUUUCAGAUGCUUUCCCAGCUUUAAAUGGUUUAGGCAUCUCGAUGGCAAGGUUAGACUUUGGCGUUGGUGGAGUAAUCCCACUACACUCCCAUCGUACAUCAGAAGUUCUUAUUUUGGCCAAAGGAUCAAUCAUUGCCGGAUUUAUUGACGCAAACAACACUGCAUACUAUAAAACAUUACAAGUUGGUGAUGUGAUGGUCUUUCCACAAGCAAUGCUUCACUUCCAGAUCAAUGUUGGUAGAACUCCGGCUACUGCAUUUGUGACUUUGAAUGGUGCGAACCCAGCAUUGCAACUCACAACUCCCUCGUUGUUUGCUGGAAAUUUACCUGCUGAUAUAGCUGAGCAAAUCACACUUCUGAGUCAUGAAGAAGUAAUGCGGAUGAAAAGAAUGUUCGGUACAGCAUAAUAAGACCCCUCUACUAUUUGGUUUCAAUGUGCAACAAAUAUAAUUUUUAAUUAAUAUAUUAUACUAAAGAGUGUAUAAAUAUUUAUGUCGCUAGUAUUACACGUAUAGUUGUUUCCCUUUAGUUUGAUAUUAUUCUCUAUUGAUAGUUGAAUUUCAUGAUGAAUUCUAAUUGAUGAUUAAUAAAAUAUUUUCAUUUUUCCUUUCA